AUGCAGAAAAUUCCGUUGAUAUAUUUAAUUUCUUUUACAAUGAAACUGUAACCAACACGACAGAGGGAUAGAGGGAAGAAGAGAAGAUGGCACUCGCGUCCUCUGUGAGCUUGUACUACUCCAUCGUCCAGCGAGCUGCGAGGCACUAUCUAGAAGAUUACUGUCACACAGACACGACCGCCCCGUACGUCCUCUACAAGGAUGGAGUGGAGCGCGCCCCGCCGGGCACGCAGUGGGGUGGCGCCGUGCUGGACGGCGGCUACCAGAGCAUGCAGCACCAGAGCCCCGGGGGACCCUCCCCGCAGCCCGAGCCGCAACUAGCCUCGCCAGCGCCCUCGCCCUACCCGCCCGCGCCGCCGCCCCCCGACCCCGCGGCGGACGAGGCCGCGCAGCUAGCGCAGCAGCAGGCCCAGCAGCAGGCGCAACAGCAGGCGCAGCAGCAGACGUCCCCCGAGCACAUGCAAGUCGAGCAGCAGAUGAACCAGCAGCAGCCGCCUUCUCAGGACCAUCUCGAUCGCACCCCGUGCUUCAUCCCCCAGCCGGAGCUGCAGCAGCAGUACACGCCGUACUUUAAGGACACCAGACCCGCGAGUCACAUGCUCGGAACGGGCGGCUUUCCGCUCCAUUAUCUGAAACAGAACGGCGGAGUUCUAUCGCUCGAGGGCCCGCUAGACCAGUACGCCACUCCCGAUUUGCGCCACCUACCUGAUAUCGUGCAAGCGGAGCCCCCGAAGCCUCGAAAACACAAUCCCAACUCCGAGCUCCGCCUGUUCAAAUGCCUGACGUGCGGUAAAGACUUCAAACAGAAGUCGACGCUGCUGCAGCACGAGCGGAUCCACACAGACUCGCGGCCGUACGGGUGCCCGGAGUGCGGCAAGCGGUUCCGCCAGCAGUCCCACCUGACGCAGCACCUCCGCAUCCACGCCAACGAGAAACCGUACGCGUGCGUGUACUGCCCGCGCUCCUUCCGCCAGCGGGCCAUCCUCAACCAGCACCUGCGCAUCCAUUCCGACGUUUCCCCGCAUCUUAUCUUCAAGAACGGGACGACGCCGACGUUGUGGCCUCAAGACGUACCGUUCCCGCCGGACGAAAACAAGGAGGAGAUACAGUCAACCUUCGGGGACGCGGACGGCCAGAACGGGGAGCAGCGCGGGUCAUGUUUUUCGCCCGGCGAUACGGCUCAGUAUCCAGCAUACUUUAAAGACACGAAGGGUCUGAAUCACACAGUUUUCGGCUCUGGAUUGUCCCUUCAAUAUCUGAAGGGCGGAAAGCUUCCGGACGUCCUUGGCGGGCGCGCGAUGCCGCUGUACGUACGUUGUCCCAUUUGCCAGAAGGAGUUCAAGCAGAAGUCCACUCUCUUACAGCACGGCUGCAUCCACAUCGAGUCGAGGCCCUACCCGUGCCCGGAGUGCGGCAAACGCUUCCGACAGCAGUCGCAUCUCACGCAACAUCUGCGCAUUCACACUAACGAGAAGCCCUACGGGUGCGUAUACUGCCCGCGAUUCUUCCGCCAGCGGACGAUCCUCAACCAGCACCUACGCAUUCACACCGGAGAGAAGCCGUACAAGUGCACGCAGUGCGGAAAAGACUUCAGGCAGAAGGCCAUCCUGGACCAGCACACGCGGACGCACCAGGGCGACCGGCCAUUCUGCUGCCCGAUGCCGAACUGCCGGCGGCGCUUCGCGACGGAGCCGGAGGUGAAAAAACACAUCGACAACCACAUGAACCCGCACGCGGCCAAGACCCGGCGCGCCGACGCCAAGACGCCGCGCCCGCUGCCGCCCGCAUCCGCCGUGGUCAAGCCCGAGCUGUACUUCCCGCAGUGCUACGCGCCGCCCUUCCAGCAGUUCGGCGGCGGGCCGGAGUUCAAGCCGGCGGUGGGGGCGGGCGGCGCCUGCCUGCCCGCGCAGUGA